AUGCAGCUUCCGCCCUCAGCCGGCGACGACCUGACCGGCUGCGUGUUGGUCAAGACGGGCGAUGAAUCGCAGUUCGGCGAUGGUGUCGUCAAGAGCAUGAGGAGAUGGAGCAUUGAAACUCAGUCAACCGUGUGUCCUGAUGGCAUGCCUACAGAUGAUACCGAGGAAUCCGAUGACUCUGACGACGACUCCGUCGUGCUUGGCGACGUGGUUGAGGUCCGAGUGCCGCGGCGCCUGAGCCAUGUUCUCAUGGAGGAGCGCUCGCUGCCCAUAGACAAGGAAAUGCGAAAGAGUCUGGUGAAAGCCAACUCUUGGGAGUUGUGCCAAGAAUACUGCGAUUUCGAUGUCCCGCUUGCUCCGGAUCGCAUGGACCAUGAACAACACCUGGAGCAUCUCGACAGUUUGCUGAAGUUUCCAGGCAGGCUGGAAGAGUGUCUCAAGGCCAAGGGCGUGGAGGUCAAGUCGAGAUUUUCUCGGGUCUUCGACGUGAUCAUGGCUGCGGCUCGCGAACGUCCGGAAGUCCAGCUGUGUCUCUGUGCUUGGGCUAACAUGUUUGUUUUAUGGUUGGCGUGGCUGUUCGCCUAUUUUGCAUUCUUCCACUAG